AUGGAUGAACACCGUGCCAGUGAAUUAGUUGAACACGCGUAUUCUGAGAAUGAGGAAGAAUCUGAAUCCAGUUGUGGGAGUUCAGACGAGGAUGACGCCGACAUUACCACCCCUCAAUGGUCGGCCUCCCCUGGCGUCAUGGGCAGAUUACGGGACAUUCCGUUUACAGGUGAACCUGGUCUUCGUGUGCCUAUACCAGGCAAUAAUAAGCCAAUUGAUUGGUUCCGUUUAUUAUCAGAUGUUGUAUUCCUACAGAAUAUUGUGGCUGAAACUAACAAGUAUGCACUAGAAUUUUUGUGUGCCCCAAAUACUAAGCCCAAAUCUCGCAUCACAAAAUGGAAAGACUUGGUUCUUGACGAACUAAUGAUCUUUUUAGGCCUACUAAUGCAUACCGGAACUAUUAGAAUGAAUCGAUUGCAGGACUAUUGGAAAACACAUAGGUUGUUUAGUCCGACAAGUAGUGUUUUCAGCCAGUAUAUGACACGAGACAGAUUCCAAAUCAUCCUAAGGUGCUUAAAUUUUUCCGGGGUUGGAACAACGGACACCCCGGAACCUGUUGAACAAAGGGCCUUCAAAAUCAAUCCUAUUGUCGACUACUUCAACAAUAAGAUGAGGGAAAUCUAUUAUCCUGGUCGAGAGCUAACCAUGGACGAGGAAAUGGUACUGUGGCGUGGCCGUUUAGCAUUUCGGCAGUACGUACAAGGAAAACGCCACAAGUACGGGAUAAAGAUAUAUUCAUUGAACGAACCAGGAGGACUCAUACUUCGUUUACACGUGUACACAGGGAAAGCUGAUAAUGUUGCGGGAAAAGGCCAUACAGCGAAUGUAGUCAUGAAACUCAUGAAAGAUUUCCUCGGCAAAGGUCACUCAUUGUUUAUGGACAAUUUCUAUAAUAGUUUCAUCCUCUCAUCUAAACUCCUGCGACGGCUAACCUACACCACAGGCACUCUGUGUGCUGAUAGGAAGCACACCCCCGUAGAUGUCAAGUCGGCCACAUUGUCUAAAGGUGAAACUAUCACUCGCUAUGCGGAGGGCAUCAUGAUCGGCAAAUGGAAAGACAAGCGUGCUGUAACAUACAUUUCCUCACAAUUUGACAACCAGAUGGCGACAACUACCAACACACGGAGCCAGCAGAGAGUCAUGCCUAAACCGUUGAUACAAUACAAUGCUCACAUGAAGGGAACAGACCGCCUAGACCAGAUUAUGUCGUACUAUCCCGGCGAACUGAAAACGUUUCGUUGGCAUAAAAAGAUAUUUGUGCACUUUCUCCAGGUGAUCAUGACAAAUGCGUUUAUUUUAUACAACAAGCAUAACUCUGGCAAUCGACUGAGCCUGUACGAUUUCCGUUUGGAAGUGAUUGAACAACUAUUGCCCCCAAAACCCGCCCCACUGAUGGUGACUCCGACACGCGGUAGUCUCCAUAGACUGUCAAAAAAUGAGAAGCGCAAAGCAAAUGGAAACCGGGUCUUGAAAAAGUGCCGUGUUUGUUGCAAAGAAGGAAAGCGUAAAGAGACUGUGUUCAUUUGUGCCGUGUGUCCCGGUGAGCCGGGCCUCUGCGAACUCCGGUGCUUCGACAAGUUCCAUGAGGAUGUCGAUGAGUAA